AUGUCAUUAAUGAAUGACCCAAGACCUGUUUCAAAAAAAGCAGGCGCUAAACCAGUUUAUGGUAAAAAUACACCACAAUUUACAAAAACUGUUGGUGAAAUUGUAAAUGCAUUAAUUAAUGCUUAUAAAGAAGGUAAAAAAGUGAAUUUAUUAAAGAUUAAAACAGAAUUAGCAGCAAAGAAUUCAUUAUCAGAUCAACCAAAAUCUGUUGAUAUUAUAUCAGCAAUUCCAGAAUCAUAUAAAAAUACAUUAUUACCAUUAUUAAAAGCAAAACCAGUUAGAACAGCAUCAGGUAUUGCAGUUGUUGCAGUUAUGUGUAAACCACAUCGUUGCCCACAUUUAGCAAUGACUGGUAAUAUUUGUGUAUAUUGUCCAGGUGGACCAGAUUCAGAUUUUGAAUAUUCAACACAAUCAUAUACAGGUUAUGAACCAACAUCAAUGAGAGCAAUUAGAGCACGUUAUAAUCCAUUUUUACAAACACGUCAUCGUAUUGAUCAAUUAAAACGUUUAGGACAUAAUGUUGAAAAGGUAGAAUUCAUUAUUAUGGGUGGCACAUUUAUGUCAUUACCAUCAGAUUAUAGGGAUUAUUUCAUUCGUAAUUUACAUGAUGCCUUAUCGGGUCAUACAUCAAAUAAUGUUGCAGAAGCAGUUAAAUAUUCAGAGCAAAGUAAUGUUAAAUGUGUUGGUAUUACAAUUGAAACACGUCCAGAUCAUUGUUUAAAACUUCAUCUUAGUAAUAUGUUAACCUAUGGUUGUACACGUUUGGAGAUUGGUGUACAAAGUGUUUUCGAAGAUAUUGCACGUGAUACAAAUCGUGGUCAUACAGUGCGUGCCGUAUUGGAGUCAUUUCAAUUGGCAAAGGAUAGUGGUUUCAAAGUGGUUGCACAUAUGAUGCCAGAUUUACCAAAUAUGGGUAUGGAGAGAGAUAUCUAUGGUUUUAUGGAGUUUUUUGAGAAUCCAGCAUUUAGAGCUGACGGUUUGAAAAUCUAUCCAACUUUGGUAAUUCGUGGUACAGGUCUUUAUGAACUUUGGAAAACUGGAACCUAUAAAAAUUAUUCACCCGAUUCUUUGGUGGAUUUAAUCGCAAAGGUAUUGGCUUUGGUACCACCUUGGACUCGUAUCUAUCGUAUUCAAAGAGAUAUUCCAAUGCCAUUGGUUACAAGUGGUGUCGAGUAUGGUAAUUUACGUGAACUUUGUCUUGCUCGUAUGAAAGAUUUUGGUACAAAAUGUAGAGAUGUUCGUACUCGUGAAGUUGGUAUUCAAGAGGUACAUCAUAAAAUUAAACCAGAUCAAGUCGAAUUAAUUCGUCGUGAUUACGUUGCCAAUGGUGGUUGGGAAACAUUUUUAAGUUUUGAAGAUCCAAAACAAGAUAUUCUCAUUGGUUUACUUCGUCUUAGAAAAUGUUCAGAAACUUCUUUUAGACCAGAGUUAAAGGAAAAUUGUUCAAUCGUUAGAGAAUUACACGUUUAUGGUAGUGUAGUUGGUAUUCAUAAUCGUGAUCCAACUAAAUUUCAACAUCAAGGUUAUGGUACUUUAUUAAUGGAAGAAGCUGAAAGAAUUGCAAGAGAAGAACAUGGUUCAAUUAAAUUGGCAGUUAUCGCUGGUGUUGGUACUCGUCAUUAUUAUAGAAAAUUAGGUUAUGAAUUAGAUGGUGUUUACGUUUCAAAAUAUCUUGGUUAA